CAGUCACAUUUAAAUUAAGCAAGCAGAACAAAUACCAUUUUACACAAACCAAAAUUGUUACACUUAAAUAUUUUAAUACUUUACCAUAUUUUAUACACGAUUUUUGCACUAUAAAAACCAAGACAACAAUGACUAAUAAUAUUCCCAAAAAUUGGACAUUUGACAAGAAUACUCGCUUCACGAUUGAGUUUCAGCUUCGCAACAUACUGCCAGGUAAUGAUUUUCGAGUUCGAAUAGUCCAUCGCUGCCGAAGAAAAGAGAUAAACGGAUAUAUAAUAUUCACCGACGACGGACAACGAGCUUUUGGGUUGAUGGAUGGAACACGGAAAGAUUUAAACAGUAUGAAGGACUGGAUCUUGAGUUCCUGCAUUCCGGAGCCCUUUGCCCAUCGAGUCCAUUUCUCUUUCUUUGAGUUGAGCUUCAGUCCGAACAAAGAGCCUUUUCAUGUAAAAUAUUCCGUCCCCAAAAACGCUAAAUUCCUGGGAGAUGUGUACGAGAAUUACUUUCGGAAGACCAAGUUCGAUAAAAAACCUAAAGUGGAAAGGGAAGAACUCGGUGAAUAUGCGGAUUUCUAUAGCCCUCAGUUGCUUAACGAUAUUGAAUCGGAAUUAGACUCGGAAAACUAUGAUUACGAAACCUCAAUGCCCGAGGAUGAUUCCAGCGAGUCAUUUCUCUGAGUGUAGAUGCGACUCGUGCUGUCCAUUGUUCAACACUAUUUGCGCUGCUCAAUCUCUUAAUUAAAUAUGCGACUAACUGGCAGCUCGAAGGCAGUCGAAGAGUGGCCCAGACAUCGUCGUUUAGUGUCGAAA